CUCAUUAAUUUUAGGUUACUUUGUGUCGAAUAUGUUUUAUUUUGUUUUUUUUGUUGAUUUUAGUUUUAUUUUCGUAUUUUUGAGUAAUUAUCAAGUUAGUUUUAGUUUUAUUUUGCUUGAAUUUAGGUUUUUACAAGUGUUCUUGCUUUGGUUGUGUAUUUGAGAAAUUAUGUUGUGGUUUUGUUGCGAUUUUUGCUAGAUUUAGUUGCGAAUAUGUUGCGUUUUUGUUGCUAUUUUGUUGUGAUUAUGUUCUGGUUCUUUGUAAUACAUUGUUUUAGCAGCUCUUUUGCGAUUAGCUCUGAGUGCUCGACCUAACUGUCAUGUUUUGACUUUGCGAAUAUGACUUUGCUCAUUUUUUGUUUUUUUUUUUCCUAAUUUUUGUUAUUUUUUACUUAAUUUGUGAAUUUGUAUUGUUGUUUUGUGAAUUUGGGGGUUGCCGUGCGAUGAAAGAGUUGGGGGGUUAAAAAGGUUGGGGGUGUGGGAGUUGUUAUGAGGUGAGCGUGACUUUCAUGGUGAAUAUCCUUUGAGUUGUGCAUAUUAAUUGAAUCCGAUAUCAAUUUUUCUUUUUAUUUUUUAACUAUCAACAUAUAUCUAGUUAAUUUAGCCUCUAUGAUUUUGAAGAUUAGGGUAUGUUGGGUUGUUCUCUUUACUGAACUCAUUGUAUAAUAUCUUGGAUUGGACUAUUUCUGUUGCUUCUGCUUACUGCUUUGUUAAGUUCAUUUGUGCUAUACUUAGUUAAUAUCCAGAAUUAUAGCUACGCCUUGUUUAAAUGUCUUUGAUUUGCCUUUGGCAUAUAAUUUUUAAAUUGUUUAAAUGUUGAAAUUGCCUAUUCUUUGGAACUUGAAUAUGUUAUAAGAGGUUUGAGGCUUUGUUUUAGAGAUAGUGUGGGAGUAGUGAAGAUUUAGCAUAAAGGCCCUUGUUUGUAGCUUAUCAUUUUAGUAAAGAGUGGUUGCACAAUUAUAAUGUGUUGGUUUUUUAUGUAAGGGUAGCUUAUGUAAAGACACUGACAUGUGAAGGAGGAGACCUCACCACAUGGAUUAAGGAGCAAUUAUGUGACCCCAUGGGAAAUUUGUACUCUAAAUUGCUGAAGAAAUGCCUUAUGGAGCUUGCAACAGCAUCUACAAAUCUAGUCUUGGCAUACAUGGAUUUCAGUCAAAAACAUGAAACUACUGUUAAGUAUUUUCCAAACAAUGAGAAGAUUCAAAAGCUGAAGGAAGAUGUAAUGACCAUUUGUGAUGAGCAGAAGAUGAGCUCUAAAGCUUUGACUGAAGAUAUUCCUCUCUCAUUUAGCCAAGAUGAACAGUAUUGGCAAGAUCCAGCUGUAAUUGAAGCUUGGGAUAGGUUUUCAAAGAUUUCAGGCAAUGACAAGCAUGCUGAAUCUACAAUUAAUGCUAGGGUUGAUCAUCUGAUUGAAUCAGAACCAAUUGAUGUUACUAAGAUUGCUUGAAUGUGUUCACAUAGCAAGUGGUAUACCUGAUAUUGAAGCUCCAUCUGUUAUCAUACAGCCUAAGGUUGCUGAACAUGUGUUUAAAAAACUUGGAGAGUCAAGUAUGAGAUAUAGUUUAAGAAGUUCAGUUGC